AUGAUAGCAAAAAUGAGGGAUGACGACGCCAGCUUUCUGGCAAGCUUGGAGAACAGUAUAAGAAGAAUCCACUGUGAUCGGGACUCCAUCAAUAAAAAUUUUAACAGGAUCCAAGAGUUUGAAAGAAGACCUGAAUUUGCGGGAAAGAUAUGGGAUUGAUUUCAUUUUUAUUCGCAUCCAUUGGACAUAUUGUUAAUUUAA